AGGCAGAGAAUGGAGUGCGCGGCAAAGGGGAGCGGAACACGGUGUAGCGCCACCGCCACGAGACUCUGUGCUCGCUGCGAAGUCGUUGCUUAUUGCUCUCUCCCUCACCAGAUUGCGCACUGGAAUCACCACAAACUCGAGUGCGAGAGGUUGCAACAACAGAAGGAGAGUAUCGAUGUCGUCAAUGAUUAUCCGUUUACUUUUUCCAAUGAAGCCACGUUCAAGGUUUGUGCGAAGCAGGAAACUAGAUGUUCAUUUUUGAGCAAGAGAGGCCUUCAUCAAGUGGGAAUGUGGAUGCAUGAAUGCCAAUGUGGGGCAUCAUCUGCUUCAUUUGAUUGUUUAGGGUUAAACAGUGGCUGGGAUCUCCCUAGUGUUUUGUGUCCAUGUUGUGGGCCUGAUUCUCCACUAUCAGAGCAAUUGCAUAGUUGGAGAGACUACUACAAGUGGAGGACCAUCCCUCUUGAUUCACCUGUUGCUUUGCUCCUUCACUGGCCACUUACAAUAUAUCAUGCUGCUCAACUUGUUGGAAAGUCAACCUUGAAUCAAGAAGUCGGAGAUAAGUUGUACAUACAUUACCUUGGACCUGAGAAAGAGCUGCUACAACUUGCUGUGUUUGGAGAAUUACAGGCCCUCUUCCCUGGUGUACACAUUCAUAUAGAACUUGUUGGACCUGCAGUUCCUCCUCAUAGGGACGGUGAGAAGAUCAGCAUUUCUAGGUAUCCUUGUUGCAAUGAAGAUGAGUGUGAGUGCAAACUAGCGAGUGAAAAUAUGAUCAUAGGAGCACAAACUGGUACCACUUCGAAGCUGACAUUGCAGCUUUGGCGAGGAUUCUACCAUGACCGAUACAUAGAUAUGGUUAAGAAUUCCUCCCCUCACCUUGUGAUUGCUCCUAAUGGUGGAAUUGCUGCCUACUCAAGCUGGUUACCAAGUAUUGAGUUAAUUAAAAAGAUUGAUAUCCCAGCUGUUUUUACUGAUUAUUGUGAGGAAGCUUGUAAUCUUGCAGCAAGUUGCAUUGAGUCUGUAACUGGACAUCCUCUUAGAUUGCCAGUUCAGUUAAAUCCUUUCAGGCAGCCUUUGGCCGUGGAAGGCAGCGUGCUGUUGCUUCCCUGCUACUCAAAUUGCUUUCUAUUUGGGAUGUAAAGGGUAAUAAUGCUCUGAAAUCUGAAUUGCUUGAGCCAUCAGAGGGAAUCAUGAACAGAGCUUAACUAUUAUAAUUAUGUUUCACUUCUCUAGAAAGCUCAUCUUUGUUAAACUUAAAUAUAUUUUGGUCCCUGAAAAUAGAAUGUAGUCCCGCUUUUAAUAUUUUUUUAUUGAGUUUGUCUUUAGUCCUUUAUCAAAAUAAGGAGUUUUAAUUUUAUAAAAAAUGAAGGUUAAAAAAUAAGGAGUUUUGAAAAUCAGAAAUUUAAAGCAAGAUUGGGAAAUUUUACUGGGAUUAGAAACAUUUUACCCUGAUAUCAAGAAAUUCGUUCAAGUAUCAAACAAUCCUUCUUCCUCUGCCUCCCUAGACAUACUUGUGAUAAGAAAAAACUAAGCCAAAUUUUCUUGACAGUCCUGUGAAUUUUUUGUUAUUAUGUAUUUGAGAUUUUAACUUUUUAUUUAUCCAUACCAGUGAAUUGUGAUCUACUAAUUAACCAAUGAUAAAUAGGUUUCCGGGACUUUAAUGAUCUGAUAUAGAUAUGAAUAUAUGACAGUGACUUCUAAUGCAUUCUUUCAAAGAAGAGGCAAUAUGUGAGCUGGUUGUGGGGAUACUUCAAGCAAAGCUUCUACUUUUUUUAUUUGUGCAACAGCAAGCUUCUAAUUUAACGAGCAAAAAGUGCUUCAUUCACACCUUAUCUGUUUGAUCUUCAUACUUUCUGAAAAUUAAAAGUUAAAAUUAUUAACAAGUAACUACAAAAAACUUGGA